AUGGAAAUUAUUAAUAUACCUUUAGGUGAAGGAUCUGUUGGAAUUAUAAGAUAAAUAAAAAUUGGAGACUAACUAUUUGCUAUAAAGCAAUUCAAAAAGGGAAAAUUUGGAUAAAAGGAAUAUAGCAUUCAUUCAAUAUUAAAUCAUGAAAACAUUUUGAGAUUUAUUGUUGGAAAUGAAUAGUUUAUAGUGUCAGAAUUGAUGCUUCCUUAUGAUCUAUUUGAGUUUUUGUAAAGAGCUGGAUAAAUGUCAGUGAAUGCAUCAAAUUGUAUUUUAAAAUAAUUAGUAAAUGCUUUGAAAUAUAUGCACUAAUUAAGAAUAGCUCAUAGAGAUAUUAAAUUAGAAAAUGUAUUGGUUGAUAAAUUUAAUUACAAAAUCAAAUUAUGCGAUUUCAAUUUAUGUACUAAAUUAGACGAUGGUAAAGUUCAAAAGUGUAUUGGAACAGAUGGAUAUAUUGCUCCUGAAAUAAAUUCUAUAGGAUCUAUUGAUGCUCUAAAUUUAUAAGAAUGUGACAUACACUCUUUGGGAGUAUUGUAUUACAUUUUACUUUUUGGAUCAUUUCCCUUCAAAACUUCUAAUUCAUCAUGUGCUAUUUAUAAAUUAAUAUAAUAAAAUAAAUGGGAACAGUUUUGGUUAUAUUCUUAGAAGAAUAAGGCCAAAAAAGUACCUCCUUAUUGUUUGGAAUUAAUAAAGGGAAUGAUUGCAUAACAUCCAAGAUUAAGAUUUACUUUAGAUGAAAUACUCGAUAGAAUUGGAGAUAUAAAUGAAAUAGAGUAUUUUAAUGAAAUGCAAGAUAUUCAUACAAGGUUAAAAUAAAAGAUUUGAAGAAAGGCAACAUCCUUUUUUUUAAGAAUAGACUUUACUUUGGGAA